AUGCCCUGGCCUCCCUUUCAGGCAGCUUGGUGCCUUAAUGCCAAUGGAGCCGCUUCCUUCGCCCCGCGUGGCACACGAAGCAUAUUUAUACAGACCGAGAAUACUCCCAACGCAGAUGCGCUCAAGUUUCUGCCAAACCACCGUGUGCUACCGGAGGAUAUCUCCACGCCGUUUAUCGAGUAUCUGAACCCACGGAGCACAAUCGCCCCUCCGUAUCCAUCGCCGCUCGCCGCCCAGCUCAUGAACAUCGAGGGCGUAACUGCCGUCUUCUACGGUGCCGACUUUAUCACAGUCACCAAGACUGCCGACGCGAACUGGGCGCAUAUCCGUCCUGAGAUCUUCAGCCAUAUCACAGAAGCUAUCACAGCCGGACAGCCGCUGGUCACAGUCACCAAAAAGGAAGUCGGGGCAGACGGGCAAGAGGCGGCAGAGGAGGCUGACAGCUUGGCAUACAACGAGGAUGACUCGGAAGUUGUUGGCAUGAUCAAGGAGCUCCUCGAGACGAGGAUACGGCCUGCCAUCCAGGAAGAUGGAGGUGAUAUUGAGUUCAGGGGGUUUACCGAGGAUGGACACGUGCACCUGAAGUUACGAGGAGCGUGCAGGACUUGCGACUCGAGCACCGUGACAUUGAAGAAUGGCAUCGAGGGCAUGUUGAUGCAUUAUAUUGAGGAAGUCAAGGGUGUCCAUCAGGUCACUGACCCAGAGGAGGAAAUCGCGCUGGCUGAGUUCGAGAAAUUCGAACAAAAGCUGAAAGCUCAAAAGGGACCGGAUGCAGUCGCAUCGUCACCUGUCCUUGAUUCCGCCCAUGCAUAG